GCGCUGCGCUGCGCUCUACGCUGCUUCGCUGUUUCGCGGUUCGCAUAGAGACAAUUGUGCGCUGUUUUACAGUUGUCAACAAUUUCACUGAACGUCUCUGUGUUAGGCUUUGUUUAAGAGGUCGUGUAAAGUUGAAACAAAUCGUUUUUUAUUGUUAUUCGGCGUGUUUUAGAGUGUUUUUCGGUGUUGUUAGCCGAUUAGCUCUUUAAAGAUGGCUGAUCCGUGGAAUCGAGGACAUGGUGCUGUGGAUGACAUGCUGGAUGCUGAAAACAGGCUGAUGGCAGAUAAUCUGGCCAGUAAAGUCUCUAGACUCAAAUCUCUGGCGUAUGACAUUGACAAAGAAGCUGAGGAACAGAACACCUACUUGGAUGGCAUGGACUCCAAUUUCCUCAGUGCUACUGGCCUGUUGACUGGAAGCGUGAAGAGGUUUUCCACAAUGGUUCGAUCUGGCCGAGACAACCGAAAGAUCUUGUGUUACGUGUCCGUCGGUUUGGUUGUGGUCUUCUUCCUGCUGUAUUAUCUAGUGUCACGGCUCCAGAAUUAAUGGGGCGUUUGCUGAUAUUUUUGAACAGUUUCUCAGUUCUAUGAGAAUAUUUGGGAUCCUCCCAUGAAAACAUUACAGUGAAGUGUACAGCUCAUGUCUUUGCAUUAAUAGAAAAGAGGAACGAUUGUGAUUUGAGGAUGAUUCAUCACAUUUAACCUUAUUUAAGCAAACCCUUUGUUUACACUUUCAACAAUGGUCUGUUCAGUAUAUAUUUUUAUUCAUAAUGGAAAGAAACAUGGACCAAUAUGUGUUUUAUUUCAAAUUAAUUAAAAGCAUAUUUUUUCAAUUUCCAUGCUUUAUAUUUUUAACAUUGUAGAUUAUGUAAGAAAAUGUAACUAACAAUUUUUUGAUAAUUGUGUACAUUAAAAUGAUUUAAGUGCAAAUCUCAA